GUCGCGACUGGGACCAUCCGCGCGCACGAGACGAAGAUGCGGUUGGACCGAUGAAGCGCAACAACUCCUACUUCGUUGGUUUGCAGCUCCGAAGAAAGGAGGAUGUUGACCAGCAUGCAACCGAAGACGUUGAGAAUCCUCCCGAGGCCGCUGUGGAUACCAAUGCCGAUGAGUGCACGUCCAGUUCCUCAAGCUCCUCGUCCAGCAGCAGUGCUCUUCCUGUAGUGGACACUAUGGGAUGGGAUUCCCAAUGGCACGAUAUCUGUCAGCAGACGACUGCCUUAGAUCGGAGAUGCUCCGGCUCAAAGAAGCGGUCGCAGACGUUGAAGAGUCUUCUUAAGAGCAUCUGCGUCGCAAAGCGACGCGCUUUGAAGAGCCGGAUUCUGACAGCUAUGGCGGCAGCCAAGUACACGUACAUCCAGUACUGUGACGCUCACAAGCACAUCAACAUCACCGACGGAGAGCAUAGUAUCCGGGACCUCCCGCUUGUAGACUCUCCUCUCAUCAAAGGCAAGAAGUUCAAGGAGUUCUUUCACUUAGUGAAGAAUGUCUCCUCCUCGGACUACCAAACGAUCGUGGACGUCAUGAACUCGGACCCAAACCGAAUAGGUCAUCUACCUGAUUCUGUUCGUCCACGAGAUGCGCUAGGGGACCAAUGCAAACUCCAGCUCGUGAUAUGGCCUCAUCAGGACAACGACACCAACACCGUGCUGAAAUUCUUUCAUUCGAAGGCCCAGUUCCGCUUGGCCUUGCCAAAAGCCUUUUGUGCCCAGGAGGUGAAAGUCCUGAACUACGCCAGCUGCGAUAGCUCCGAUUUGGUGAAGAAGGCCUUCCUUCGCCUCUUGUUCCGCAUACCAGGUGAGAUGUGGAUGACACAAAGUCUUGGACAGAAAAACAUCACCAAGGUGAAGGCAAACAGCGAUGGUGACAUGAAUUCGGACCCCAGUCCAGAAGAGCUCAAGGCCAAGCACGAGCAGCUCCUAUGGUCCUUGUUAAACAUUCGCGACAAGGACAGUCCGAUCUAUGGUUGGCCACAUCAUAUUGUGGGCAAAGCGUGUGCCAACAGGGCCACCGGUAACAGUCAAUCUGAACCGGAAUACUUCUUCCCCCUGCUCCUCCGUGACCUGAACAGCGAGUUCCAGCGGACGGCGGUGCCGAUGAUUCUACCUACCAUGUUGAGCCUUGGUUUGAUCAUUCUCGGCAAGCCGGGCAUAGGCAAGACUCCUGCGGCGAUCAUCAUGGUCAUGUCUGUGGCUAGAUUCUUGAUACAGUCCCGCAACAUGGAUGGCUUCCUUCCGGGAUGGCGUCGCUCUAAGCAGAUAGAUGGGUUUAGAGAGCGACCUGGUGAAGUCCACAUCCCUGUCAUCUUGGACGACCCGCUCCUUCCCUCCAUCAAUGUCGAAGAUAUCAAAUCAUUUCUUGAUGUGGGCGAAAAUGGUUUGGUAUCUGCUCGAUAUCGUGCAGCCAAGUUUGUGCAGAAUCAGUGCCGGGUUCUCCUCAACGAUGAAUGGUGCCGCGACAAGGAGCCGGAGUACGUUGGCCUGUCCACUGCUUCUGUGAUCAUUGCCGGUGAUAAUGCGAUCUAUGUACGGUUGGCUUCAGAACACCAAAGCCAGAAGAUCCUUUGCGUCAGCAGUGGUGGGAUUACGGAAGAUUGGUUGCACGAGACCAACAAGCCGCAUUACAAUCACUACAAGAACGGACAACACACCAAGUACGCGGACUUUGAUCAGUAUGUGGAAGAAGAAACGAACUUAGUCUCCGAAUUGCUCGCCUCGCCGGAGGAGAAGGAAUACCUACGCAGGGGUGCUACUUACGAUCGCUGGAACGAAGGAUUUCCGACGGCUUCGAAUCCCGCGACUCCGCAUCGUGCCUCAGCCGCAGCAGCCUCAAGUCCUGCCGAUCGCCACCAUGAAGAAGCCGUGUCCGCCAGCCCUCCCAUCACAGCCCCGCCGGCCAAGCAAGCCAGGAUUGACUUGAACGAUUCCGAUGCUGAGCCAUUGUCGCCAGAUUACGAG